UCACCGAGUGACUAUGGUGCUAUUAAUCGGACUAUACUUGUUACCCCAUCUUCAUCAACACCUCUUACAUUCACCAUAAUCAUACAAAAUGAUGCAACUAUUGAAUCAAAUGAACUUUUCCAAGCUGUUCUAUCUACCACGAACACUGAUCAAGUCAAUAUCGGAACACCAUCAUCUAGCUCAAUUACGAUAUUAGAUGACGAUGGUACGUGAAUUCGAUUGUUAUGUUCGGCAAUUGAUAGAUUUGUUUAAGAUAAAAGGGCUGUAUAUGUAUAAUUAUUUUAGAUAAUAUUUUACGAUAGGAACGAAAUGUACAAAUGAAUAGAAUAAAAUACUAAUAGUUGUAUGGACCAAGUUUUGAUAUUCUUCAAAUAAUUCUGUUUUAUUUCAGCAUUGUUCAUUUCGUUCGAACAACCAACUUAUAUUGUAUCAGAAGACGAUGGAACAAUAACCGUUGGUGUGACGGUCACUGGCUCUACUGCUCUUACUCUGGAAUUUGAGUUAGGACUAAUAUUGUUUGUUUGCUGCCCCUAACCUUACAAACUUCGAAAGCCAUGUUACUCCUAUAUAUCUGAUCUCGCAAUUUGUCGUAGCAUGUUGAAGCAAUGAAGAGCCUGGCUCGCGAUGCUGAACUCUACCCUUUUGUUCGAAUUUUUGCUGUAUAUUGGUAUUAAAGUUAUUGUGGUUAUAUGGGUUGAUGGGGAUUCUUGAACAAGAGAAUUCGCCAGAAAUUCAACUGAAAUAUUCCCAACAAUCUAUUUGGGUUUGCUGAUCUAUAAUACUUCAUGUAAACUUUAUAUGAUAUGACACCUGGCUCUUGUCUUUUCCUUUAGCCUGUUAGAUACCAUCUAUAUUUAGUUUUUGAAUAUGGUUGGAAUGUAGUGAAACAUCGCGCUGUGAAUGUUUUUUUGUUAAUGAUUAAUUUGACUGAUCACAAAGCCAUAUAAAAUGUAUAGCCUCACUAAUAAAGCACAGAAACGUAUCUAACUGAGAGAUUUAGGCCUUUAGUCCGGACGAACAAAUAGUCUCUCAAUGUUUUUUUCUAGUUAAUGAAUCCCAGAUCUAACUUAUGAAACCAAACGGACAUAUGUUUUAAAAAGAAUCUAAAACUUUGGGUGUACAGACUUAGUCAAGAAUUAGUAUUUUUCUCUUUCAGAUUAUUUCAAAUUUGUACAUACAAAUAAUUUAUUAGAUGGACAAUUAUUUUACAUUUUCGUUGUUAGCUUAAAGGACAUUGGCUACCAAAAUUUUUAUUGCCUAUAUCUAUUAGGUAUACUUAUGGAAUACUUAAUUUUAUAUUUUGGCCGGUUUGUCGCGUUUAGUUGCUGAGAAAAUGUAAUAAAAAAUUCAACAGUUGUCCGCCAUUUUGAAAAUAAACAUUUAUGCCACAGCAUACAUUAUAUCUGACGUCAUUAGCUGGGUAAACACAAUUGCAUGACUAUAAAACAAUACCGAGUAUUACCACGCGUAGUGCACUGUGAGCCAAAACCAAAGCAGAAAAGUUUUACCAAGUAUCUAACUUGUUUCUAACACUAUUUCUCAUAGUAUAUAUCCUAUCCGUGCUAAAUAAACGCAGAAAUUCGAGUGUAACAAGGCAAACACUAAUGCAAUAUUUUAUGGUCAAUUACCUGUAUUGUAAAUUGCGUCAUUCCUUGCUUUCCUAGUCGCUCGAUAUGUUUUUAUCUCAUAGUGUAGACUUCUCUUGUUUGAUUGCGAAGAGUGUUGGCCAGUAUAACGCUCAAAACGACAUAUGUUUAGCUAACAUAACACGCACGCAAUAGAAUUCUCUCUCUUGUAGUUUUGGUGCUACCCAUCUAAUGACGUCACAAAGUUCAUUGACCUUAGAGAUAAUUUUUCAAAACUUUUUCCAAGAUGGCGGCGAAACACAAAGUUUGCAUGCAUUUUACUCGUAGACUAAAAUGUUCGAGAAGGAAAUGAUAAUAUUUUCAUAGUUAGAUCGUCAAGUAGGAUUGAAAUAGCCAAUAAAAAUUUUCGUUGCCGUUGUCCUUUAAUUAAUCUCCGUCACAUUAAAUCAAAGGAAUGAUUUGUUGCUUGAAUGCCAAAGUGGUGUGUUAAUUGUUUUAGAGUGACAGCCACAGACGGAAGCGCCACCACACCUGCAGACUAUGUAUUACUUGAUUCCACCGUACAGUUAACACCGGGUGUUUCAAGACAUGAAAUCAGAGUUAGACUUACUGAUGAUCAAAAUUUGGAAAACAAUGAAACAUUUACUCUGAAUCUAAAUAAUAGAGGAGAUACUGGUGUUCGUGCAUUAGGAAUUGGACAAACAACCAUUUUGAUCGUCGAUGAUGAUGGUAAGUGA